CUUCUUCACGCUCCACCUCAACAUCCUCGGUUCUGCAGAAAGCUUCAGCUGUAGAGAAACGAUGUGAAUCAGAGUUGGCAGGACAUUUUCCUCACAGGAAGAGGACCCAAAGUCUGGGAAACCACAAACUUCCGUCCCAACGCCCAUCAACUGCAUCACCUACUAUUGAAAUGUCUCGACGUGUCAGAGACACCAUCAGCACUGUCAAAGCGCUCCAGCAAAAAAUCAAAAUGAUGACAGAACAAAAUAUCACAGCAGGGGUGAUAACAAAUCAGCAAGGAGCUCUUUAUAGGGAUGAUCAUUCAAUUCACUUUGGCAACAACACAUUAAUGGUGGAACCAAAUGUUUUUAGCAGUAACACAAGCACAACUCCCUUUAACAUCAGCCAGCUGCUCACACCUUUGGUCCAUGCACAUCAGGAAACAGAGACAUCAGCUUUCCAGCAGUUUGAAGUUUCCCCUCAACCAGUGGAGCAUGCUCCAGUGAGAGCUGAAAGCAGGGGAGCCACUCCCGAUGUCAGGAUGUCCAGCUACAAAUCUCGAGCCACAAGCCUACUCUUCAACCUCAAAGACAACAGGAAGAGAGUAAAAAGCACCUACAGUCCCACCAAAUUUAAAGGCUUGGAUACAGUGGAUAAAAGCAAACAGUCUUCAGUACAGGAGACAAAAGAAACUGUUAUAGAUAUCCCUAAUUUUCCUGGUCCAGAUAUGCAGUUUCUUCAGCUAGAAGAGUCCAAAAGGACAAAUGCCGCUGUAAACCAGUAUUACAGCCCUGGACAGUCACUUACUACUCAUAACUGUCAACCUGCAAGACUAAAUACAGGCCAAUAUCCAGAAAACACUGCAAAUGAUUACCAGGCAGUUCAGAUGCAAGGUCAGACAGUUCAUCACUCGGGGUUCAGUGGCUUCAUGCCUGAAAAUUACACUAGCAAUCAGCUGGCUAAUGGACAGAAUCCCCAUGAAUAUUUAGUAUCAUUUACUCCCUAUAAGCAAGGUGUGAUAGAAAAUGAUGGAACUUUGGGAGGACCUAAACAGCCUUAUGUGACUAUGAACACAGCAAAGCAAAAUGCUGACAACAAUCAAAGCAGAGAAUAUUUAAUAAGCAACACAAAUUCUGAACAAGCUUUUAAUGAAACAGUGGGAAGCAUAUUCACAAAGGUGGAUAGAUAUGAGCAGCUCAGUGUUAACAAGCAUGAAUAUAAUGUUUCCUUACAGGAUAAGUGUAGACAAACAAUCCGCCAAGACAAAGAAAAACUCAUAAUGAAAGCAGUUGUCUCUCCAUCAGAUCAAGAGACAGCUCCUUCACUGGAAAGGUUGAGAAAAGAAUAUCUGCCAAGUCAAAAUAAAGAACUUGAGAAAUUAGAGUUGAGGGAGAGUUUUAGUUUUGGGGCAUCUUGUCAUAACAUGGCUGGUUUGAUCAAAACAAAUAGUUCCUACCAAUUGCAGGGCCAGCAAGGACAAAAGGAAAAUGGAUUAAAAGAUGUUAAUUUAACAUAUAGUGAUGAUGACUACAGAAGAAAACACGAGCUUUAUUCCACAACAGAUAAGAUACAAAAAACAGGUCAGAUAAAACAAUAUAUGCCAUUCUCAAAGGCAUGCGAGAUGCAACAUUUACAGCAAAUAGAAGCUAAACCACAAAUUGAAAAUGAUAUUCAGAAAAAUUCUUUAUCUAAUCCAGACCAUGUACUUGUCCCCACAAUGACACACCAGGUCAAGGAUAGACAGCUCAGUGACGUCAAGGGUGAACAGCUCAUGGCAGAACAAAGAAAAGCCCAACACACUCCAGUCGAUCUGGCAAAAGCUCAGCUGAGGGCUCAAGUAGAGCAGCCGACAGCAGAAUCAGCUGGGUUAAUGUUAGCAGCACAGGUUGAUUCAGAGAAAAUCAAAACAGAAGACUCCGAAUCAGAGCUGCCGAAGCUGGAGACUGUGAGACAAGCCAAAGAAGAGCACAUUAAAGAGGAGAAAAAGAUAAGAGAACAGACUGAAAAAUCAAGAGAAAAACAACCAGAACAGGCCAGAGAGGAACAGACUAAAGUUGAGGCAACCAACUUAACAUAUAAGAAAACAAAUAUUAAAGAGAAAGAAAAGGAAAAGAAAAUCCAUGUACUUGACAUGACAGAGAAUCAGCGUAAGCAGGUCAAAGCUGAACAAGCUGAAACAGAGAAAUCUAUAGAAGAACACAUAAAAACUAAUUUAGAAAAGACUGAGCCAUCUGGGCCAGAAAGAAUAAAGCAACAUAAAAAUGAACAGGCCACAGAUAAAAGGAACACUACAGAGCAAGUUGAUGAAGAACAGUUGAGGGCAGAACAAUUUGAAGGAGAGCCAGAACAAAUCAGGACCAAAAAGGUUAAUGUAGAACAGGCUGGAACAGAACAUGGAAAAGCAGAACAAAGAGACGAGAUAAGACAGACACAAAGCAACCCAAAACAUAUGAAAACAGAGGAAGUUGAAUUGGGGGAUGUCAAGACAGUGAACAUUAAAACUGAGGAUGACAGACAAGCUAAGACUGAGAAAGAUUCAAUUCACAUAGCACUAGUAAAUGCAGAUAAGCCUGCAACACAGAUAUCUACAACCAGAGAUACAACACUUGAAGAGAGAAGAGCACAAGAGGCUGACAAAAAGUUGGAGAAAACCAAAUUAGAGAAAACUAAAGCAGAACUAUCCAAAACAGAAAACCUGCUGGAGAGGUCAGCUAAACUCACAGCUAAGUUAGCAGCAACACAACAGGUCAGAAGUGAACCAGAUAAAGUUGAGCAAGUUAAGACAGAGUUAGCUAAAGCAAAAGCAGAGUUAGCCAAAAUAAAGGAGAAAAUGAAAGACAAACAAAAAGAGAAAGUCAAAACUAAUCUGGUCUUAAAAGAGAAUGACACUUCAAAUGACAGUGUUCCUGUAAGGACGCAUCUGGAUAAAAACAACAAACAGGAGCUUGCAGUGCAAAUUCAAACUGAUAGAGUGGCUGAUGAUUAUGACAAACUCAGAGAAAAAUAUGGUUUUACUAGUUCAGUAUCAUUAGGUAAUAAAGUGUCAACCACAGAAAGUGGUCCUUUAAAUGAUGCCAGUAAAACAAAAGUUACACCUACUGAUAAAGUUGAGGAAGAAAAUGAGAAAUUAAAAGAUGGACAUGGUCCUACAAGUCCAUCUAUGAUAGCUAACAAAGAUAGUAAGGACAAAGUUAGUAGCUUUAAAGACAGCGAGGUGACAGAAAGUCCACGUGUUUACAGUGAAUCAUCUAAAGAAUUAAAGUUAUCCAGUGUUAGCUCUUUUCCUACUAGCAGUAAAAGAGCUAAUGAAGGCAGUGUUGCUGACAAACAUAAAAAUGACAGUGUUGAAAAAUGUGACUCUUUCAAAGAUGCUGUUUCACAACAAAGAGAUCCUGAUUUGGGUAACCUGCACCCCACUGAAAUAAAAUCUAAGUCAACUGAGCACAGUGCAGAUCCAGAGAAACAUCUGCAUGUUACCCCACCCAGAGUUUUGCCCCAUAAAGAGAGAGCUCAGACCAAGCAGGAAAUCCUGACCUCUAAAAUCAAAGCGCAUGCUGAAAAAGAAAUUUCAGCUAUUAAAGAGAAGGGUUUUGCCCUACGAGAAGGUUUUAUAGGCAAAAGUUCUACCAAGCCGUUUGCAGGUCAGAAUUUUAACAUUCGACAGAGGCCGCCAUCAGAGGAAAUGUCUAAUAAGGGUGAAAGCACAGUGUCUAGUAGUCUUUCACUGAAGUACCAGAAAGAGCCACCAGGAGUACAAAUGGAACCAGCCAAGCUUGUUUCACCUCUUAGUUCUGCAACCAUACCAGUUAAGUCUGUAAUAACUACCACUCAGUUAGCAGACCAUUCAGAAAAGCCAAGGAAAUCUAACCAGACCAUGAGCACAACUGAUGGAUUAUUGGUACAGAAAGAACUUGGAACCAUAUCAGCAGUGCAAAAUAAAGAGCCGGCAUCAAAAGACAAUCAAGGAAAAGAGCAAGGAUAUCAUGGAGAAAUCUCUGGAAAACUGCAACAAGAACUUGACAAUAAUCAAGCAACUGACAGUGAGAUCAGGAAAAGGACUGAGGAUCCAACACAAGCUACACAUGUCAAAGCUGCAAGCUCGAAACCCUUUACCACAGAAAAGGCUGAAUGUAAAGAAGCAGCUUAUGAAGACUCAGCACCACUGAAUAUUGAAACUGGCCAGAGGGAAGCCUCUGAAGCUGAUAACAACUUGCAGAUCAUGGGUAUAAUGGUCACUGUACGAGAAAGGAAACCGUCUGUGAACAUUGAUCAGGGGAAUAACUGUACUAAAAAACAAAUUAAUGUAAUGGAUUGCAGUAAAUCAGAAUUAGAUCAGUGGAAUCUUAGCACAGGCCUAGAAGAAAAUACACCCACAAAGGUGGCUAGCUUUGUUAAAGAUAUGGUUGUACAGAAAACUGAUUCUACAAUAGGGGCAGAUCAGGCUCAAGUUGAGCAAAAUAAUCUUCCAGAAAGUUUUCAAAAAACUUCAGCUAUGGAGGCAACAACAAACAUGUCAGGUAGUGUGACAGAGAAAGAGACAAGUCUCCAGAGUUCAACUGUAAACGCAAAACCCAAAAGUGAGACACAACCAAAAUCACUUACCAAAGAUGUACCCUUAACAGCUGUUGGUGCUAAAGAUAAGGUUUUGGCUGACACUCAACCUGCUGUCUUCAAACAGGACACAGAAACAAAAGAAAACACAAAUAAAACAGAAAAAGAGAACUUGUCAAAAAGCACAGGGCAAGUGAAGAAAGAGGAGAAAGAUCAACAACAAAUGCAAACAGCAAACGUCAACGAGAAUUUUACUGCCAAGGUGGUCAACAGUGGAAGCCACAGCAAUAGAGCUCAAACUAUCAAACAAAACAUGUCAGUGAAAGAUGAUAUGACAGCUACUGGAAAUAAUUCCCAUUCCAGUAACAUAGAUGGCCGGAGUGCACCCCUACCAGAGGAAAAGAGGCAUGACUCCAUGAUUCCCUCCAUUACUUCAGCUGAGAAUGAAAACCAACAUGUGUCUUCAAAACUGAAAAAUAAACAAAGAUAUACUGAGAAUAACAGUCAAGAUGAUGACAAUGUUCAUAUUGACAGCAUUGCCAUCAGAGUUGUGCCAGCAGUAACUGACAAGGACAUCAAGAAAAUGUUCACCUCUGACAUGGACACUGACAAAAAACAUAAACUUGAUGUAGUAUAUGCUUGUGAAGAAAAAGCAAACUCAUUAAGCGAUGAACAUUGUUCCAAAGACUUGACUCCAGCAAAUAGUGAGCAGAUGAAAGAAAGUAUGGAAAAAAAAUUAGCUGUACAACAUGUGUUGUCCAGUGUAAGACAAUUGUCUGACUCAAACAAAAUAGGCAGUAAACAGAGUACCACAAACACAGCCAAUAAUGAAUCUGACAAUCAAAAGCCUGAAUCCAGUAUACAGACAGUGGAUGAAGACUACUUCCAAGUACAAAGGAUAACAGAAACACACAAUCAGUCACAUAACAAUACUAUAAUUGUUGGAGAUAAUGUUGCAGACACAUCAAAGGAAAGAGAACUUCAAGAGUUGCUACCAAACAAAACAGCUACCAGCAAUGAAUCAUGCAAAGAAGGCAAAAGUGAGACCUUUGGAUUCAGUGUGGAUCAAAGGGAUUGCAAAGAAGAUAAAGCAAGUCCGGCAAGCUGUCAAGAUGAGAACAGAAGAAAAAAUUUGGAAACAGAAGAUCCAACUCAAGAUUCAAAACUCAGUGAUGGCUCCUUGGAAAGAUGGAGUAAAAAUGGAAAAAAGGAGACUAGUCAACCUAACCAGAUCAGAAGAAAACAAACAGACACCCUGACAAGUUUGUCAGCAACAGAUAGACAGGGUUCAAGAAAUUCACACCCAACAAACACAAAUACAGUUGAAGAAAAAUCUGAACCCAAACUAAAAACAAAAGAAAGGGUUUCCACAAUACCUGAGAUAUCAGCAAUUGCAGACUAUGCCAGAUUAAAGGUAAUUGUUUCAGAUAACAAAGAGGUAAACCCAGUUCAGGAAUUCCCACCCAACAAAAAGGAAGGAUUCUUUCCACUAAUACAGACUCGUCAUAGCAGACGUCCUGUUUUCACUGUUGAUCCACAAGACCUGUCUGUGAAAGAGAAGAGUUUGUCAAAUAAGACAGAGUUGAGCAGCAAAGUGAAUAAAGAGUCCAAAGCACUAAUAUUUCCCAUCAUGGGUAAGGACCAUCAAAGAACUGGGAUGUUCAAGCUUGGAGACAAAGAAAAACAAGAGAAGAUGCCUCUAGAUGUCAAAAUGAAUGUAGAUAUAUUAGACAAUGCAGCAAAAUAUCCAGAUUACAAAGGCACAGACAAGUCAUCAACAGCUCAAACAGAAAUAGAUGGAGCUUGCUCCCAAAGAUCAGAUCAAGGUACUGUUCAGCGAAAUAAUCAUUCUUUGGAAGCAAAAUCUUCCUCCCCUGCAGCCAACAAGACAAAAAACAUAUCUGAAGGAUUUACAUAUUUUGUUAGAAAUUCCCCUCCACAUUCAACUUUAGGACAAAUGCAAUACAGAAAAGAAAACACAACACAUCUAAGGAAUGAUGAGAGGACUGAGCUGCAACAAGAGAAACACAUGGGGACUAAGACUGAGGGUGACAGGAAAGAACAAGUAAAUAAAGAAAGGCUCACUCCUCAGCAGGAAGAUAUCAAAACAAAGCAGCAUGAUAAAAGACAACUGGAGGAAGAGUACGCAUUUAGAAGUGAAAAGAAGCAAAAAGAAGAAAAAAUGAAAAUAAAGCAUAUAAUACAGGAAAGUAGAGCUUCGUUGGCUGAAGAAGAAAGGAAAGCCACUCAAAGAGAAGAGGAGAGGAGAACAAGAGAGCGUGAAGCUGUAGCUAUUAUGAUAAAGCAAAAGCGAGAAAACCAAAGACAAGUAGAAGGAAGAACAGGAGAAGAAAGAACAGCAAAACAGAGUGAGGAGGAAAGAUUUGAUCAAAAGUCAGAAAAAAUACAACCAAACAAAUGGAAAGAAGAAAUUAGACAUCAAAGAAGAGCAGCAGAGGAAGAGCAAAGAAAAGCUACACAAGAAGAACAACAGAGAAGAGAUGUAGAGGAACAAGAAAGAACUCCAGGAGAGCAACACAAAAAAGAUGCAGAGGAGCAGCAAAAGAGAGCUUCACAAGAAGAGCAAAUGAAUACAGCUGCAGUGGAGAAACAAAGAAAAGUUGCAGAGGAGCAACAGCAAAGAGCAACAGAGGAGCAAAGGAGAAAAUUUGCAGAGGAGCAACAAAGAAAAUCAGCAGAGAAGCACCAAAAAAAUGUUGCAGAGGAGGAGCUGAAAAGAGUAGCAGUGGAGCAACAGAGAAUAGCAGCAGAGAGGCAACAGAAAAGAGCUGCAGAAGAGUGGCAGAGAAAAGUUGCAGAGGAGCAACAUAGAAAAGCAGCAGAAGAGCAGCAAAAAAGAGCAGCAGAGGCGAAACAGCGAAAAGCAGAAGAGCAAAAGAGAAGAGCUGCAGAUGAGCAACAGAGAAAAGAUGCAGAGAAGCAACAGAGAAAAGUUUCAGAGGAACAACAGAUAAGAACUGCAGAGGAGAAACAGAGAAGAGCAGAAGAGGAGCAACAGCAAAGAGCUGCAGAGGAGCAUCAGAGAAAAGUUGCAGAAGAGCAACAGAGAAGAGCUGUAGAGGAACAUCAGAGAAAAGUUAUAGAGGAGCAACAAAGAAGAGCUGCAGAGGAGCAUCAGAGAAAAGUUGCAGAGGAGCAACAGCGAAGAGCUUCAGAGGAGGAUCAGAGAAAAGUUGCAAAAGAGCAACAGAGAAGAGAAGAGGAGCAACAGAGGAAAGUUGCAGAGGAGCAACAGAAAAGAGCUGCAGAGGAGCAUCAAAUAAAAGUUGCAGAGGAACAACAGAGAAGAGCUGAAGAGGAGAAACAGAGAAGGGCAGAAGAGGAGCAACAGCGAAGAGCUGCAGAGGAGCAUCAGAGAAAAGUUGCAGAGGAGCAACAGAGAAAAGUUGCAGAGGAGCAACAGCGAAGAGCUGCAGAGGAGCAUCAGAGAAAAGUUGCAAAGGAGCAACAGAGAAAAUUUGCAGAGAAGCAACAGCGAAGAACUGCAGAGGAGCAUCAGAGAAAAGUUGCAGAGGAGCAACAGCAAAGAGCAGAAGAGGAGCAACAAAGAAGAGCAGAAGAGGUGCAACAAAGGAAAGUUGCAGAGGAGCAACAGCGAAGAGCUGCAGAGAAGCUACAGCGAAGAGCAGCAGAGGAGAAACAGAGAAAAGUUGCAGAGGAGCAACAGAGAAGAGCAGAAGAGGAGCAACAAAGAAAAGAUGCAGAGGAGCAACAGCGAAGAGCUGCAGAGCAACAACAGAGAAAAGUUGCAGAGGAGCAACAGAGAAGAGCAGCAGAGAAGCUACAGCGAAGAGCUGCAGAGGAGAAACAGAGAAAAGUUGCAGAGGAGCAACAGAGAAGAGCAGAAGAGGAGCAAAAAAGAAAAGUUGCAGAGGAGCAACAGAUAAGAGCAGAAGAGGAGCAACAAAGGAAAGUUGCAGAAGAGCAACAGCAAAGAGCUGCAGAGCAACAACAGAGAAAAGUUUCAGAGGAGCAACAGCGAAGAGCUACAGAGGAGCAUCAGAGAAAAGUUGCAGAGGAGCAACAGAGAAGAGCAGCAGAGAAGCUACAGAAAAGAGCUGCAGAGGAGCAGCAGAGAAGAGCAGAAGAGGGACAACAGCGAAGAGCAGCAGAAGAGCACCAUAGAAAAGUUGCUGAGAUGCAACAUAGAAAAGUUGUAGUGGAGCAGCAGAGAGGAGGAACAGAAGAACAGCAGAGCAGAGCUGAAGAGGAGCAACAAAGAAGAGUUGCACAAGAGAAACUGAGAAAAGUUGCUGAAGAGCAACAGACAAAGGUCGCAGAGGAGCAAUAUAGAAAAGUAGCAGAGGAGCAACAGCAAAGAGCAGAAGAACAACAGAAAAAAAUUGCAAGGGAACAACAGAGGAAAGCUGCACAAAUUGAGGAGCAAAGGCAACUUAAAUUGAUCAAAGAUGCAAUGCUUACUGAUAUUGUGGAAGGAGCGAAAAGACUAUAUAGAGAACGGGAUGAAUCUUACAUUUCAGAGGACGAAACGGUCAUGCAGAUUCAGGAGCACAUAAAAGUGCAGGAGCACACUGACGAGCAGAAAAGAACAUAUAAACCACAUAUGAGAGAAAAAUGGACAAAAACUCGAAAUGAAGAAGAGGAAGAGAAAGAAGCUGCUGAAAGAAAGAAAAUCAUGAAACAAGAUGAAAAAGAAGCCAAAUAUGAGAGUACAAGACAACUUAAAGACAAGAGAAUAACACAAGAAUCAAUAGCUAACAGAGACAAUGAGAUCCAGGCUAAAAUGAAAGAUGAAAACUUUGCAUCUCAAAGAGAAAAGGCAAGAGCAGCUCAGAUGGAGAAGCAAAAAAGAGUGGCACAGAAGAUGGAUGGUCUCCAGUACUAUGCCAUUGCUGACACAGAGAGGAAACCAAGAGAAAGACAGCAAUUCUCUCCAUUACCUUCACAGCAAGGAAACAGCCCAUUAGAGCUUGAAUCAGCUGAUAAAUCAGCAUCACAUCCCAGGCCUUAUAGACUACCUGCAUCUCCAGCUCCAUCUCUUCCCCGUUCCAACACUUCUUCUCCUGCUUUAGGGGCAAAGCCCUCAAUGUUCAGAGUAAAGGAUAAUACUUUCAGAGGUUCUUCUCUUACCAAGUCAGUCAAACCAUGCUUCCACAAGAGCUUUGGGGAAGAUUUCAGGGUUGGUUCACCUUUGGACAAGUUUUCAGAUAGAGGAGAGGAUGAGCAGGAGAUAAUGAGACGCAGUGCUGGAACUCCUAUCCAUCCUGACACAGGCUCAAACCGAUUCACUGCUGUCAAUGAAUCCUUGACCCUCUCAACAGCAUCAUUACAGAACUACUCAACCUCCACUUCUCAUCACAGGCCCUAUUCCAGGAGAAGUAUUGUUAUGGAUGAAGAUGAAUCCCGCUCUGUCAUCAGCAACAUCUCAGAGGAUAUGGAGAGCAUUGCCACAAGUGUUGCAGAUCUGGCAGAUGUACGAGGCCUGACUGACUUUGACAGACCAGAGUCAGCCUGUAGCUUUAGCAGUGAUGUGUCUCGUUCUAUGGGUAAGCCUCCAGCAGUUCCACCAAAGAGUGAGAAAGCCUUGCGCAGGGCUCAGAGACUAACCUCUCGAAGGAUAAAGAAAGAGCUGUCCAAAGUUGCAGCAGGAAGCCCUACUGGAGUUGAGAAAGAAGUAUUGAAUGUUCCCUCCUCUUUCACUGAGGUAUGCUCGUCCAAACGCCAUGCUGUGGCUUCUCCUCACUUUUCCCCACCUGUCUCCCUUGCUCAUGCUCCAACACUGGGAUCUAGCAUGCCUUCCUCACAUGCAGAUUCCCAGUCAUCUUCACAAUGCUCUUUCCAUGCUUCCCCUCAUGCCACUGGUCCAAUCUCCCUUCCCAUUCCUGUGCAUCAUGCUGCCUCCACUGUUUCCCUCCCUGCUGUGUCUCCUUAUGCUUCUGGCUAUACUUCCCAACCUGCUACUCCUAAGACAGUUGCUCAUGUUCCCUCUUCUCCCACUCUCCAACAUGCCAAUCAUCCAAUUCCAGUGACACAGUACCAUGUAGAAUCAAGCCGGUAUCCCCAGUCCUACUCGCUGACCCAGCGCAAGGUUCUGCAAGACCUCGGUUCUGGUCAGUAUUUUGUAGUGGACCUGCCGGUUCAAGUCAAAACAAAGACUUUCUUUGAUCCUGAGACAGGAAAAUAUGUUCAGUUGAAUGUGCGUGAGUCCGGCCAGAGCAUCUCACAACCUCAGCCCCAGCAAACAUGCCCACAGCCUCAGCCCCAACCCCAAACACAGCCACCACAGCCACUCUCCCAAGCCUCUACAGCUGGCAAGCCUUUAAUGCUUUACCAAGGUUAUAACAGCUACCCUCAAAGCUACCAACAAGCAACUAUCAACCCUGUGCAGACUAACAAAUCAUCAGCUCCUAUGACUCUCAACCAGGAGCGACUGCCUCCAAGAACUGCUGAAGUAGAACAGAACUCUGAAGAGCAUUGCUACAGUCCAGAGAAAACACCAUACAUGGACACAGUUAAUAAUAUGAAAAAACCAUACAACCCAGCAUACAGCAUGCAAGACUCGUAUGAGUCUGAGGCAAACAGCCAGCUCGCAGGAAAUUCAGUUUCUGAAAAAGAUAACGCAGUUCCCUUACAAUAUCAGCCCAGAGACAUAAUUACCAUGAGUGAACUGGACGAUUUCAUGGAGGUAUCUGAUUGGUGAGAACAAAUACUGGUGUAAAUUAUGUCAUAAAAUAAAAAUAGCCAAUAUCAUACAAUGUAUGGAUCAUAAUGAGUCUUUUUCAGGGGAAAAUUGUUAUCUUUGUUUUGUAGGUUUUAAAAGUCCCUGUAACAUGCUCCUAAAUUGCUGCUGCUUUCUUUAGAGUUUGUGUUCUGUUCUUUAUUUAUUGUUUUUAAAUGUCACCAUUCCAUUUGACUUUUGAAUGUGCUAAGAUUUGUCUCCUGUAUUAACUGUAUCGUUAGCAUGUUGCAUCAUACUUACAAAUACCUUAUACAUCAAACAGCACCUGCCCAUAUCAAAAGUGCUUAGAUGCUUAAAAAAAAAGUUCUACGGAAACUGAAUAUCAUGUUUAGAUUUUCGUCUUCAUCUUGCUUGAGGUACCAAUCUCUUUGGCAAAAUUUAUUGCAUGAAAUAUUAAACCUAAAGUAUCACAGAUAUUUAAUGGUAUAAACCAUAGUUUGUGUAUUCAGGAAAUAUGUCAAAAUGAUCAGAUGGUGAUGUAAUUCUUGAUGUUUUAGUCCAUUUUGUAAAGUUGGAAAUUUGUGAGAAUGUUACUGUGUUGCUGUGAAACAGAGUAGUACAUGGACUUAUUCAAUAAAAACAUCCUUGAGUUAA